AUGGACUUGCCAGGGGUCGCAGGAACCACUACGUGGCGUGGACCGAGCCAACCUGCGGGUGGGGCCUUGCACUCGGUCUUCGGUCAGAAUCCGUGGACGCAACAACCUCGAGGCUGCGGAGAACCCGGGGAUUUCAUGUACUUCCCCGAGUCGUUCCUUCUCGAAAAUUCUACGCUGGGAUCUCGAGGCAGCGUGUUCGUGCACGAGUGGGCCAAGUACCGGUGGGGCGUGUUCGAGGAGUACGGGCACAGGGCCGACCCGAUCUUCCCUUCCGCCACCAGGUCCUACGACGGCAACGAGACCCUCAGGCACACCUACUGCACUGACGGCGAAGUGGCGGGGAAUUUUUUUGAGUGUGAGGGAGAUAACCUCGCUACCUGUUACUUCGUGCCCAAUGCAGAGGAGACAACGGGAGUCACCUCUUCUCUCCUUGCCACACCUUUCCUUAGUUCCGUGGUUAACUUCUGCAACAGUGAAACCCAUGUGGCUGAUGUUCCUACCAAACACAACCUUCUGUGCGAGAAGAGGAGCACCUGGGAGGUUAUCCAGAGCCAUCCAGACAUUACUGGCACAUCUUCGGCUCCUUCAACUUCACCGACCUUCACCGUGAAACAGUUAAAAGCACAAACGACAGGAAACAAGCUUGUAUUCCUUCUAGACGUCACUCCGCCAAUGGGAAAGGUUCAGACACAUGGAAUUAUCUGCGUGAUUCGGUGAAGGAGUUCAUCCUAGUAGAGGCAACGGAUGGGAUGCAGGUGGGCCUCGUGAGCUUCACAAACACAGCAACUAAAGUGUCUGACCUCGUCACGCUUGAUACUCCAAGCAACAGGGAAUCACUGGCGGGAAAGUACCCAAUGCACCUACGGAAGACACUCAAACCAAGAAUGUGGCUGCAGGAAUAACCAAAGCUAAAGAGGUAAUU